CUCACGCAACCGAUUACUACGUACUUACUUUCGACGAUCCCGAACGCUCUCUCGGCCAAGGCGAGGACGAAGACGGCAACUCUUUACCGCACAUCAUGCAUCACAGCAAAUUGCCGCCCGGAAUUCUGCCGCACGGGCUGCCCCUAGUGCAAGAAGUGGCGCCGGCGCUCACGCCCGGUGAACAGAGGGAAAGGAAGGAGCAGGAGCAGCAGAUGCAGAAAGAAAUUCGGGAGUUGAGCGAGGAUCAAAAGCAGAUGAUCAUAUUGUCCGAGGGCUUCCAAAGGUUUAUGAAUAGGGCUGGCAGACUCGUUGAGAGGGCUUUGAGUGAAUCUAUGGAUAUUUACACGGAUUACACAGGAGGAGCUGAUAAUAACAUGGAUGACAAAACGAACACAGCUCGUCUAUCCCUUAAUCGUUGGUUCUUCGACGAGCGCUGGACAAAAGGCCGGUGCGUGACUUCUCUAGAUUGGUCAUCACAUUACCCAGAGUUACUGCUGGCCAGUUAUCACGGUAACGAGGAUGCCCCCAACGAUCCUGAAGGCGUCUGCGUUGUCUGGAACACUAAAUUCAAGAAGACGACUCCUGAGGACGUGUAUUUUUGUCAGAGUGCUGUCAUGAGUGCCACUUUUGCCAAGUUUCAUCCUAAUUUGAUCAUGGGCGGCACGUACUCUGGACAAAUUGUAUUGUGGGACAACAGGGUUCAAAAGAGGACGCCCAUACAACGGACGCCACUGUCAGCAACUGCACAUACGCAUCCUAUUUAUUGUCUGGACGUCGUGGGCACCCAAAACGCAAACAAUCUGAUAUCAGUAUCGAGCGAUGGAAGGAUGUGCAGUUGGUCGUUGGACAUGCUGUCGUCUCCUCAAGAUACUCAAGAUUUGCAGCAGAAACAAAAUAAAGCAGUAGCUGCUACUUGUAUGACAUUCCCUGUUGGAGAAGUUAAUAAUUUUAUUGUUGGAAGCGAGGAAGGCACUGUGUACUCAGCUUGUCGACAUGGUGACAAAGCUGGUAUUGUGGAGUUCUACAAUGGACAUCAAGGACCAAUUACUGGAAUUGCUGCACACAGGGCACAAAACACACCUGAUAUGUCACAUCUGUUCUUGACGUCUUCUAUAGACUGGACCAUCAAACUGUGGAGUCUCAAGGAUAACAAGCCUUUGUACUCCUUUGAAGACAAUGGUGAUUACGUUUUGGAUGUCAGCUGGUCUCCAAUCCAUCCUGCCUUGUUUGCAUCAGUCGAUGGAUCUGGACGAUUGGAUUUGUGGAAUCUCAACCAGGAUACAGAGGUGCCGACUGCAACUAUUGUAGUCGAAAAUCAACCAGCUCUGAAUCGUGUCUCCUGGACACCAUCUGGUCUACACGUCACCGUUGGUGAUGAUAAUGGAAAGAUAUGGGUUUAUGAUGUUGCGGAGCAUCUGGCUCUUCCAAGGCACGAUGAAUGGAAUCGCUUCUCUGCAACCUUGCAGGAACUGACAAUAAACCAGCAGGAGGACGACCUGGACAAGUCGAAGAGUCUCUGAGAGCGGCAUAAACAAUUAGGGCUCCGGAACUCCUUCUACGACCUCUUAGAGAUCUACUAUAGAAGACCAGCGUUACACUAAUAGUAGAGGUUAGAUAGAGGGUAAAGUUAUUAUUUAUAUAAAUUAGAUUUAUAACAUUGUUUAUAUAAUUUAUUUGUACUAUUAAAUUAUGUAUAUUUAUUAAUUAAUUUUUUAUAUCUUGUUAUAUGUAAGUUGUUACUCAAACAGUAUAAAUUUUUGGUAUUAUUAAUGAAUUGAAUUUUUAUUGGGAGCCUCGAUGGUCCAAUUUUUUUGCUUGGGAUGCUGUAGAUAGUGAUAUAGCUUCGUUUUUGUUCUUUUUUGGGGAUCGAAGAGGUUUACUGUAAUGUUUUGUUUUGUGAUAAAAUAUUUUUACAUUUGAAUUUGGAGUGAAGAGGUAAAAUUGGGAGCCUUAUUUGUUAAAUACAAUGGUUUUGUCGGAGAGCUGGUUGCAAUGGAAAUAGUUUUAUGAAAAAUAUAAUGGGAUG